AUGAUUAUACCCAUCCGUUGCUUCUCGUGCGGAAAGGUGACGGGCGACCUCUGGGAGCGAUAUCUUCAGCUUAUUGCAGACCCCAGAAAGACGGAUGGCGAUGCCAUGGACGAGUUGGGGCUCAAGCGCUACUGCUGCCGCCGGAUGAUCAUGACACACGUCGACCUUAUCGAGAAACUGCUAAAGUACACUCCUGACGGCCGAAACGAGAAGAAGCAACGGUUGAACGAGCUUGCAUAG